GGCUACAGCGAAAAGCCAGUAAACCUACAAAUGUUCAUUGGAACAGCAGAUGAUCGCUACUUAAGACCUCAUGCGUUCUACCAGGUGCACCGAAUCACUGGAAAAACAGUUGCAACAGCUAGUCAAGAAAUAAUAAUUGCCAGCACAAAAGUUUUGGAAAUCCCACUUCUUCCUGAAAAUAAUAUGUCAGCCAGUAUUGAUUGUGCUGGUAUUUUGAAACUUCGCAAUUCAGAUAUAGAGCUCCGUAAAGGAGAGACAGAUAUUGGAAGAAAGAAUACCAGAGUGCGACUUGUGUUUCGUGUUCACAUCCCACAACCUAGUGGAAAAGUCUUAUCUCUGCAGACUGCUUCCAUACCUGUUGAAUGCUCUCAGCGAUCUGCUCAAGAACUUCCUCAGAUUGAGAAAUACAGCAUCAAUAGUUGCUCUGUAAAUGGAGGCCAUGAAAUGGUGGUAACAGGUUCAAAUUUUCUUCCAGAAUCCAAAAUUAUAUUUUUUGAAAAAGGACAAGAUGGACGACCUCAGUGGGAGGUAGAAGGGAAAAUAAUUAGGGAAAAGUGUCAAGGGGUAAACAUCAUACUUGAAGUUCCUCCAUACCAUAACAAAACCAUUACAGCUGCAGUUCAGGUGCAGUUUUAUCUCUGCAAUGGCAAGAGGAAAAAAAGCCAGUCUCAACGUUUUACUUAUACACCAGUUAUAAUGAAGCAAGAGCACAGAGAUGAGGUGGAUUUGUCUGCUGUUCCAUCUUUGGCCCUGCCUCACACAAGCAAUGUCCAGGGCCUGCAUUCUAUCCGAACUCAAUUGCCUUCACCAGAGCAAGGGCAUCCACAUGACAAUUUACUGUCUACUUCACCCAGGAGCCUUGUGUGUCCAGUUCAACCGCCAUACCCAGCAAUGGUCACUUCAGCAGUAUCCCACCUGCCACAUAUGCAAGGUAGAAACCUCAGUCCAAGUGAAGAGUGUCAUGUUUUGCCUCCUGCUGUGGUUCAGUCUUUUCAGGUAACAUCAGCACCUCCUGUGAGGCCUUCUUACCAGCCUCUGCAGUCCAACGAUGUAUACAAUGGACAGUCUGGUCUUCCUAUGAACUCUGCCUCCAGCCAAGGAUUUGAUGCUAUUUCAUUUCAGCAAGACACAGCUGUACCUCAUUUGAUAAAUCUUAGCUGCCAAGCUCUACCACCAAUGCAGUUUCAUUCUUCAAAUCCAGGUUCUGUGUCAACAUCAAGUACAGCAGGGCACCCGCUAGCACACCCCGCUCAUUCAGGACAGUCAUCUUCUCACCUGCCGUCAAUGGGAUACCACUGCCCAAGCGCUGGGCAGGGCUCCAUCCCUUCUGCAAUGAGUCGGUCCCUUGGGCAGUCUUCUCCCCAGCUGCAGCAAGUCCCAUACCAUUCUACGAAUCAAGCAUCUGCUUCAUCCUCAUCCCCAACAGCUUCCCACCCUUUGGUCCAUUCACCCCUGUCUGGACCUUCUUCACCCCAGCUACAACCUAUGCCUUAUCAAUCUCCUAGCUCAGGACCUGCCUCAUCUCCCCCACCAACCACUGUAACUCACUCGGGACAGCAUUCCCCUCAAGCACAUAGUCCAGCAUUGCGAGGUCUUAAUGCAGCACCAUCCCUAGUACACCAUACCGUAUGCGAUUCAUCUCCAUUUUCACCAGAUGGGGCAGCUAUUAACAUUAAACCAGAACCUGAAGAGAGAGAAUUGAAUUUUCAAACAAUAGGACUACAAGACAUCACACUAGAUGAUGACAGUUUUAUCUCUGACCUGGAAUACCAGCCAUCAGGUUCAACAGAGAAAUGGACUCAACAUUCAGCCUCAUGUCCAACUCCUAUGUGGAAAAUCUAGAGGUGAAUGAGAUCAUAGGAAGAGAUAUGUCUCAGAUCUCAGUGUCACAUGGAACAACAGUGGCCAGCCAGUCUGCACGUACAUGUCCUGGAUCUCUGGAGACAGGAAUAUCUGAUGGAAUCCAGUAACAGAUAAGCUCACAACUGAACGUCCAUGAAAACUUCACUAUUUUUCUGCAUCCUUCUUCAUCCUCUUCCUCUUUAGACUUACUGUGCUUCCAAUUCUGUGGCCUUUAUGAACUGGAACAGCGGAUCCUUGCAAAGCCCAUUUAGCGGGUUACAUUUUUGAUGUAGAGACAGAGCAUUUUAAUUAUAGUUCCUCAGAUGCUGUAAAGAGACUUCUGAAAAUGGACACACAGAAUCUACACCAGUUAUUUUAACUGUUUUAAAGCUACAAACAAGCUUCGCUUUUUGCAUUUAAAUAGAAUACUUUUAUAUUGUAAGUGCAUCAGAUGUGUGGA